AUCGAGCGAAUUUGCGUUGACGGUGUUGCUGAAAUUUGUUUGGUUUUUGCAUGCGAAAAAAAAGGAAGGAAAUAUUUUUGCUUUUGUCAUCACGCACAUUCUGACAAUUACAUAUGACUGUUCACUUAGGUGCGAACAGCCUUCAAAAUCUCUUUCAACGCGAAUAACCCGAAUAAAGAAGGGUUUUGACAGCAGUUAGUGCGCUUCCAGGUCAAAACGAGAGGUCAAUAAUAUCUUUUUUGGAGCAACUGUCGCAAAUCAAUCUGGAACUAAAAUUUUCAACAAUAUUUAGGAAAAAGCCUUUGCACCAUCUUUUGCUCAGGCUAAUAUAUAAAAAAAUGUCAGCCGAUAACCCAAUGUUGAAUGCGAGUAUUGGAGAGUGUUCUAAAAUUGAUGUUAACACUAUAAAGCCGGAAAGGGUAUCAAAUGAGUUUCCAGUAGAUGGAAAUGUUUUGAAACCUGGAAAGUUACCAAAUCUUGAUGUAGUAGCUGCUGAGAACAGUCACGGAAUUAAUGUUAACUCAGCUCCAUCGGCGAAGCUAACACCUGAUUUCUCGCAAUUCGACGAUAGUGAAGAUGAAGAUCAUUAUCAUAGUGAAGGAGGAGGUGGAUUUGGUUCCGACACUAUAAGUAUCGAAGGGAUUCGACGGUAUUUAUCAGAUAAACUAGGUUUCUAUACUUCCGAUAACAAUGAUGAUAAAGAUAGUACUCCGAGACGUAAAGUUUUGGAUACGGUCGAUAUUGAAGGUGUCCUUAAGCAUUGGCGGAACGGUGGAUUCAAAAAAAUUGUAACAAUGGUUGGAGCGGGUAUAUCAACCUCUGCAGGAAUACCUGAUUUUCGAUCGCCAGACACCGGUUUAUACAAUAAUCUCCUAAAGUACAACCUACCAUACCCGCAGGCGAUCUUUGAACUAGAAUACUUCUACCAAAACCCGAAACCAUUUUUUCAAUUAGCUAAAGAACUGUAUCCGGGUACGUUUAAACCGACUCCGUCACAUUAUUUUGUGAAGUUACUCGAAAACAAAGGAUUGUUGGUUCGUCAUUAUACGCAAAACAUAGAUACUUUAGAACGAAUAGCUGGAAUAAGCGCGGAGAAGUUAGUAGAAGCGCACGGAACUUUUUUUACGAAUCAUUGCUUGCAGUGUAAAGCUGCAUACACUUUAGAAUUUGUGAAAGAUAAAAUAUUUUCGGAUGAGAUACCAACGUGCACCUGUGGGGGAGUUAUAAAGCCGGAUAUUGUUUUCUUCGGGGAAGGAUUACCUGAAAGUUUUCAUGUGCUACCGCAUAAAGACUUUGCCGAGUGUGACCUUCUCAUUAUUAUGGGAACAUCUUUGACUGUACAACCUUUCGCUUCUCUGGUGGAAUAUGUAAAUGAUGAUUGCGUACGAUUGUUGAUAAACAGGGACAAGGUAGGCGGUGGAGGAUAUGGCCUGUUUCGUGCAAUGAUGUUUGGUGAGGGAUUAUGUUUUGAUUUGCCGGGCAAUCGUCGUGAUGUUGCGUGGACUGGAAACUGCGAUGACGGUUGCUUUUUCUUAGCUGACAAGCUAGGGUUGGGGGACGAGCUUCGUCAAAUGAUUGCGACUGAAUAUUCCAAGUUGGAAGUGGUUCGAGAGGAAACAAUGCCAAGUUUACCUGAUGCCGAUUUCAAGGUUCACGAAUCAAAACAAAAACUGGAAAACAAAAUAGCUAACAGUGAAGGAGAUAAUGACUCAAAUUCUAGUUCUGCAACAGAUUCGCGGCAAAACACAGAAACUGAUAGAACUGUGGAUGAAAAGAAUAUUCCCGAAACUGUGGAUGAAUGCAAGUGAAAUAAUAACAUUUAUUUGGACAUGCGAAUAUUUUGCAAACCGGAGGAUAUUUUUAUGUUUUAGAAAUAUGACUACUGUAAAAUAAAAAAAUCGAUGUGGUAGGUUUUUCACAAGGAAAAAGUUUACGAUUUUCAUAGCCCGAUUGCUAAAAACAAACAUUUGUGUUUUUGACAUGAUUCACAAAGGUUGUUAUUCAACCAGAAGUAAAUUGGUUAAUGGUACUAGUUCAGUCAAAAGCACGUAAUGAAAUUAUGAAAUAUUGAACUAGUGUUCUUAGGUUAACCGUAGGUGUUUAGGUAACGCUUCGCGAGUAUAUAUUUUAUAAUUAAAGUACACUUAUUGAAUUAUCUUCAUGGUUUUUCACAUUUAGUCUUUAUUAGGAAUUGUGAAUAGAAACUAAAACAGGACUGAAAAAUAUAAGUUUAGGGUAAAUAUGUUGCGAUCAGCUUUGGGCAAAUAAAUCUGAAUGAAAUUCA